AAGGGAGGGGAAGAAGAGAGGGAAAGAAAAAGGAAGCUCUCCGAUAAGUUUUUGUUUGCAUUUUUCCAAAGUUACACAAACUUUCCCAAAAACCAAGGUAUGACUGGAGGCCUUGUGGGGAUCAACAUGCUGAAGAGAGAGCUCUGAAGGGAAGGACGGACACCAGUUUGUCAGCAGUUGUGCACAGCUGAUGACAACAUCAAAUAUUUAUUCUUUUUAAGGCCUUGGGCCCUCGAGUGAUUAUAAAGAGUUUCCAGAGCAGCACUAAGCGUGUGAACUUGCUGGGUGGAAGUACAGGAACAGAACGGUUGACAGUGACAUUACAGGCAGAGACCCUGGACAGAGAAAAAGAGGGACAAUGUCCUCUGAACUGGACUCCAGUCUCACCAGUAUUGACUGGCUGCCUCAGCUGGGAAUCAGCAGCUUGCGCUCGGGGAGAGAGAGAGGAGGAGGCGAGAGGGACAAGAAGAAAGACCGAGGGAGGGAGAGGGGAGACUUCCUACCCUCUGUGCCGGACCCCUCCCCUUCUAACUACAAAGGGAAACCCCCUCACAGCUAUGCCACUCUCAUCGCUAUGGCAAUAGCAGCUGCACCGGAGAGGAAGUUGAGUUUGAAUGACAUCUACACCUGGAUCAAUGACACGUUUCCCUACUACAGCCGAGCUGGCCGUGGAUGGAAGAACUCGAUUCGGCAUAAUCUGUCCCUUAACAAAUGCUUCAGGAAAGUUCCUCGGCCGCAGAAUGACCCCGGCAAGGGUUCCUAUUGGACGAUGGAUGGACCUGCAGAGGUGAAUCAAGUGAGGGCACCUAAACGUCCCUAUCCAGAGGAGGAAGAGGAGAGCCAGGAUGAUUCUCAAGCACCGGGGACAGAAGCAGAGAGACAAGCCUCUCCUCCUCCACCACUCUCCCACACAGACCACCAGCUUCUUAACACAGAGCCGCUGGGAGCCAUCCAGCAGCAGCCACCCCACUCAGCCUCCCUCUCUCCACCCCCAUGCAAGCAACCGUCACCCUACAUGCCAAGCCCUGUGUCCACUCACCCUGUCCAGCAUCCAUCUGUCUCUCCUCCAGCUGGGCUUCCUCCUCCUGCUGCCUCCAUGUCUACUACCAAUUCCUUCUCACCUUGCCAUCCACCCGGCCCCACUUUCUCCAUCCCCGAUGCCUCUGCUACACCUCUGUCUGCUGCCAAUAUUUCUUCUCCCUCUUUCCCUGCUAAUUCAGUAUCUGUUCCCACUUUCUCCUCCGCUCCUAACUCAGUGUCUGUUUGCACUGUGUUAGGACCCACUCAUUCCUCUGCAUGUGUUGUCGCUUCAUCUGUUGCUGCCCCUCCUGUUGUCUUAUUAAACUCCUCCACUGAUCCGCCGCUGCGUUUCACCUUCGAUGAGAUGAACUUACCAGACUUGUAUGCGUCUUUCAAGUCUCUCUUCAAGACCAUGCGGGAGAAGGGAGGCUCACAGUCGGAUGUUGCUCCCCUGGCUGUUCUGAACAACGACACUACCCCACUACACACGCCGACUCUGCUCCCAAUGUCUCCCCACCCUGCACUGGCUGCACACCCUCCUGAGACAGAGCGCAUUCCACAAUACACGGUGCCAGCUGACUGGUUCAAUAACCAAGAUUCUCUGAAGAAGAGCUUCCGCAUUGCCAGCAAUCUAGACUGGGCAAACAUAGACCUAUCUGGUCACCCAGACCUCCUGGAGAGCAUGCGACAGGCAGAGCUCUGCGACUGGGCCCUGGACCCAGCACUCUUCACUUCCCUCUGUGACUCUCUGAACCGCUUCUUCACCCAGAAAGGCAUGAUCAACUCUGGGAAUAACUCCCCACUAGCCCUCGGUUCACCUCACUCCUUACAGGCCCCACCAUUCACCUCCAAUCCACCUCCUACCCUCGCCAGCCUCACUCACCCCUCACCCCUCCCUUACUCUCCCAUAGUUCACUCUGCCAGUGGAGUGCAGCCGCCCCGGAGGGCUCUGCACAUGCAGGGACAGGGCCUUCAAAGACCUCAGCUAACACAACCUGCUAACACAACUGCUGGGAUGCAUCCUCAGUCUAUGACACCCCGACAGCAUCCUCCAUUAAAGAGUCUGCACAGCAACAGUGAGGAGUUCCAGGAUGACUUUGACUGGGAUUCUCUGCUCGUUUGACCCUCACCGUCUGUGGAGGAAAGGAUUACAACCAAACGUUUCAGCGAAAUGUGGCUCUUCACAGCAGUCUUCACUAAACUUGAUGCUGAGGCUGCCUCUUACUUGUGCAUCUUGAAGUUUCUCGGGGUGCAAGUUUGUCACAUGUGACUGAACGCUGUAUUUCAAGGUUGAAAGAGUUGUACAUGUUUUCACCUUUAUUCAAAUUCAUAUGCUGUAAUAACUUUUUUAGCUUUUCUUCUGCAGGUAAUUGGCAGGGUGUUUUUUCUGUUGGAUUUUAGAUUAAUAAACAUGUUCACCAAAGAAAAUAAACUGUAAAUAUAA